AUGGAAGCCAAUAAAACUAACUUCACCAUCGAUCUUAUUCAUCGCGAUUCACCACUUUCUCCACUUUAUAACUCUUCUGCCACUCCAUACGAGCUCAUGAAAAGGGCUGCACUGCGUUCCUAUAGCCGAGCCAACUUCUUUCAUUCAUCUAUGUAUAUCGAUGAUAAGCAAUAUGUGUCUUCACUCACUGAAUAUAAGGGCGAAUAUUUCAUCGAGAUUUACAUUGGGUCCCCACCAGCUACAUUCCUUGUGAUUGCAGACACCGGAAGUAGUCUCAUAUGGGUUAAAUGUUCUCAAGAUUAUAAGUCACACGACUUUAAUCCACAAGGUUCAUCCACCUAUGAUACCAUUCCUUACAACUCAGAAUUUUGCAAGGCUUUACGCAAUAUAAAUAUUGGGGAUGCAAACACUUGCAAAUAUGAUCGUCAAUCUUACAAGGAUGGUUCAUAUACAUCGGGAAUUCUAAGUAAGGAUACUUUCCACUUAAAUUCCACUAGCAGUGGAUCACAUCCUUUUCCUGGAGUAGUAUUUGGAUGUAGUAAAGAACAUCACAUAUAUCAAAAGAAUAGUCAAGUUCAAGGUUUUGUUGGCCUUGGGGCAGGAGUAUUGUCAUUUGUUUCUCAAUUGAAAUCCCAUAUAGAAUCCAAAUUCUCAUAUUGCUUACUUCCCAUCGGAUCAAGGAAAACUAACAAGAUGAGAUUCGGAGUGGGAGAAACGAUUUAUGGGGUAGAGGUUGUGUCAACUCCACUUGUACUUAGAGAUCCUUCUAGUCGCUACUAUCUCAGUCUCCAAAGUAUUAGCAUUGGAGGAAAGAGAACAAUCACAAGUCAAAUUCAAGUUGAUGACCUCCCAAAAAUGGUGUUCCAUUUUGAUGGUGCAGAUAUUCAUUUAGAGUCUGCCCACACAUUUAUGAAAUAUCAUACUCAUGUGAUUUGUAUGACAAUAGUUCCAAAUGAUAAGCUUUCGAUAUUCGGGAGCCUAAGUCAAUCCCUAACUGACCGAAAGAGAACUUAUUUUAGCAUCGAUCUUAUUCAUCGUGAUUCACCACUAUCCCCAUUUUACGAUCCGUCUAUCACUCAGUCCGAACGUAUGAAAAAUGCCACACUACAUUCCCUUAAUAGAGCCAACUUCUUUCACUCAUCUAUGCAUAUCAAUGGUAAAAGAGUUAUGUCACCACUUAUUGAAAUUGAAGGUGAAUAUAUCAUGAAGAUUUAUAUUGGUUACCCACCAAUUGAAUUUCUUGCUAUUGCAGACACAAGAAAUAACCUUAUAUGGACACAAUGUGCUUCUUCUCAUAUAAAUCACCACAGAAAUGGAAAGUUCUUUAAUCCGCUACAAUCCACCACCUAUGAUGUCGUUCCUUAUGGAUCAGAAUUUUGA